AUGGUAGUAGUUACUUUUGUUACAGGAAAUAAGAAUAAAUUAGCUGAAGUUCAAGCAAUAUUAGCUGAUGUAUUACCUAAUUUAAAAUCUGAAGAGCUCGAUUGUGUGUAUUAAAUAAAUAUAAAUUGAAAUAAAUUAUUUUUUUGUUUUUGAUUUAUUUAAGGCCCCCCCCCCCCCUUAGAAAGUCGAAUUUUUCAAGGGAAUAUCGAAGUUGAGUUUUUAUCACAGGAAGAUGCAGCGAAGCUUCCUCUUUCAGAAUAUAUAUAGCUUUUUGGAAAAUGAGCAGAUUUUCAAAGACUUAUAUAAAACUUUGACUCUACUAUCAUAUUUUCGGAGAAAUUUUCGUGAUUUUUCAGGUAUUUCAGUUUUGGAAAAAUUGCGUUGCCACUUGCAUUAGCGUUGAGUAGAACACUUUUAUAUUACCCAGCAUGUCAGAUGGCGUUAGUUACCUUCAUCUCUUACGUAGUCUAAAACGAUCCACUGGAAUGAAUUAAUAAUAUCCCAUUGUAAUAUGAUUUUUUCUGGAUUUGAAUGAAAAAAUCCAGUUCUAAAAUUUCUUUAGCGCUCUUCUCAAAAUACGGUUUCCAGACAGAAAAAUUGAAAUAACUCCGUCCUGUUUCAAGCUAUAACCAAUAAUUUUCUUUUGUUUUAAAGGUCUUAGUGAGAGUAAAUUUUUGUCCGAACGGAUUUUUUAUAGUUGGUUCCUGGGCUGAGAAAAGUGGGAUUUACUGUCGUUGGACCACCAUUUUUUAUGCUAAUUUUAAGACCAUCCCACUAAAAUGCUCAUAAAAAAUGAAUGAGAUUGAAUUUCAAAAUUCUGUUCGGACAAAAGUUGCGUACUCACAUUGGCUUUAAUUUGACACCAACCCGAGCUCUCUACCCCAUCUUACGACAAAGUUAUAUCGAUUCUUCUGAAGGUCAAAAAUGACCUGUGAAUCAGCUAGAAAUCCGGUCUAGUGCGACCAAUCGAGCUGAAAUUUUUACCAGAAGCGUAUCUCUCCAAGAUCACUCAUUCCUGAAAAUUUCAGCCCAAAAGGACCAUCUGAAGUGGAAAAUCGUUUCUGAGGGGGGGGGGGG